UCACGUCGGCUUUAUGUUGACGUGGCGUGAGCCAUGGCUAACGAGAGUUCGAGCGGCUAGUAGGUAGCUAAAGGUACGGUAAGCCGGCGGAAGAAUGGAGAUAAUUAGCUAAAGACGACCUACUGUGACGACUCUUUACAGGUAAACGCAAACAGAGUGUGUUUAGGUCCGUUUAAACGAAUGAAGGUUCAGAGGCGGUCUCGGCUGUCUCAGUUUUCUCAUCUUAAAACGAGCUGGGUGCGUUUCUACCUCACCUACAUAGGCUAGCUUUAGCUCUAUGCGGGAACUCAGUACUAGUCGUCUACCUAACCUUUACUCUAACCCUUACUCUGCCACCUCAACAUCUGAUGGCCUUUUUUUGUAUUUAGGCGUGUGAAAGUAGGGCUGUUGUGUUGUGUGGAUCGAGCCAGUGAGAUUGUCAGCCAUCACUGUUUUUCUUUCUUCCGUGCAGCUGAUAUAAGAAAACAUCAGACCCCCUGUACCCCCUCCCUAUCUGCCCCCCUACUGAGAGCAUCAGAGUAACGUGGGCUGACAUCUGAUGGUCAGGGUAGAGUGAGGACAACAUGGCCAGCCGGGGCCAGCACUAUGGCUUCCAGGCCGCCACAACGUCGCAGCCUGCCAACGGAGGCCACGCCUACCUGUUUGGGAACAACGGCUCAGAGAAUGACCUGUCGGAGGACGACGGCGAGAUCUUCGAGCUGCGGUCGCGAGGCCGGGACCGCCUGCGGAGGAGCGCGUCCCGGGAGAGGAUGGACGACAUCAUCUACCUGGCCCGGGACGUCCAGGAAGGGGACACUUUGAACAGCCUCGCCCUGCAUUACCACUGCUCGGUGGCGGACCUCAAGCGGGCCAACAACCUCCUCACGGAGCAGGACUUCUUCGCCCUGCGUUCGGUGAAGAUCCCCGUGCGGCGCUUCAGCGUGCUCACCGAGAACCACAAUGGCGGCGCCGCCGCCCUAAAACCCUCGUCCUCGCCGUCGACCACCUGGAGCCUGUCCCAGAUCUCCCCCGGCACGUCCUCGGUGCCCACCGAAUGCUCGACGGACUCGUCUUCGUCGGCCGACAGCGUGGAGGGCUUCCUCCUAGAGAAGGACAAGGACAUCGAGCGGCUGGUGAUGUCGACGGGGCCGUCGUCGCGCAGCAGCCUGAACGAGGUGGUUUCCUCGCUCACACAGCUGGAGGAGCCGCUGCUGGGGGGGACCGAGUACAAGCCGGCCCUGAGGAAGGACCCGUACUAUGGGGCCGAUUGGGGCAUGCGCUGGUGGACGGCGGUGGCUAUCAUGCUGGUGGUGGGCAUCGUCACGCCCGUCUUUUACCUGCUGUACUACGAGGUGUUGGUGAAGGCCGACGUCAGCCAUCACGGCGCCGCCGCCGCCAACGCCGCCGCCGCUCCUCAGGGGAACGAGGUGGAACUCUCCCCGCCUGAGGACAGACACGCAGGGGCCGCACCGGGAGACGGUGUGGGGAACGGCGCCAUGGGAGACCCCAAAGGGCCCGGGGAAGGGGACAUGAACCAUCGCAGCGAUGGAAGGCAAGCCAAGACAUGAUGUAGAGAAUAUAAUGGAGGAGUGCAGACUGCAGGACGGACCUCGGCUGCUUUUAAGACAAACGCAGGGCGGGUACGGUCACAUUAGGGAACAGAAUCUUUUUGAUUCCAUUGACUGUCACUUUUUUUUUUUAACAACCCAGAUGGACCCAAUGGGAUCUUUCUCUAAUUGCCAUUAAAACAUGAUUAUUUAACACUAUUGUCGGGUGGGUGGGACCAGGGGGUUUCCAUUAUGUUCUAACAUAUCCAGACUAAUUUAUUUGGAAGAUGGAGAAAAAGCUGUCUUACACUAUCAGUAUUGAAAAUAUCAAUUUAAUUAUUUCAUCGUCGGGAUACUUGUUUGUAGAUCUUCAAAAGGCAUGGUGAAACAAGGAAAAUGCACAGUACUCCUGCAAUCACUUCAAGUAAUACCUUUUGGUAAGAGACUUUAUCAUAGAAGCCUUUAUUCCUGAUCUUGUAAAUAUUUUGAGUGAAAUAGACAGUAUGUGCCUUUUUAACCAGUGGCUCUGUAAACAGGCUGGAAAAUAAAUACAUCUAUUUUGAAUAAAUUAAUGAGCAGGCUGAAAUAAAA